AUGAGUAUUAUCGAUCUGUCAAUUCAGGAGGUCAGAAACUGUCCCAGAGGAUACCAAAUGGGGAAGGAAAAUUCCUCUUGCUUUGAUAUAGACGAAUGUCUGGAAGGUAGGAUCCAGAUUUGUAGCCAAAAUUGCCUCAAUGUCCCCGGAUCCUUUAUCUGCUCCUGUAUGCCAGGUUAUUCUUUGGGAGAUGACAAGAGGUCUUGUCACGUAAGCGCUCCUGUACCAUUCCUAGUUUUCAGCCAAGGAAAUGUGAUCUAUAGAAUAGAUGUAGAAGGAACCAAUCACCAAAGACUGGUAGCUGAUGUUGGCUUAUCAGCAUUAACUGAUUACCAUUAUGAAGCAAAAUAUCUUUAUUGGGUGGACAAAGAAAAAUGUCUUCUACAACGUGUACAUUUGGAUGGUUCAAAUCAAGAGACUAUCUGCUCCAUAAAAAAGGAUGUCACUGGAUUUGCAAUAGAUUGGAUAAAUCGAGGCAUUUAUUUGGCUCACUCCCAAGGAGCUAUUGAAGUAAUCAGCUUGGAUGGAAACAAUUCUCGAAUACUUAUAAAGAACAAUCACAAUCCUACAAGUAUAGAAGUUGACCCAAGUCAAAGGUUUUUAUUUUGGUCUACUGAAGGGACUUUUUAUAGCAUCUAUCGAGCAAAUCUGGAUGGAAAUAAAAUACGGAGAGUUCUAAGGAGCACAGAAAAAAUCAAAACCAUUUCCUUGGACUUUAUCAAUGUAAAGCUGUUCUGGAUACAGUAUGACGCCUUUAAUGAAAUUUCAUAUUUUGGAACCUGUGACUACAAUGGGCAUUUCAUCAAGCUAUACAGACAAAUGGGACGAAGUGAAGCUUAUGACAUAUUUAUCUUUGGUGACCAUAUAUACUAUUCUGACUCAAGGACUGGAACUAUUCGGAGAGCCAAUAAAUACACUGGAAAGGAUAUUGUUGUAAUUAACUUGAAACAACCAUUUCCUCAACCUACCGAGAUACUGGUGGUGCACCCCUUAAAACAGAUCGGCAAAAGGAUGGAUUCUAAAGGACUUGAUGUCAACGAAUGUGCCUUAUGGAAUCAUGGCUGUACCUUGGGCUGUGUGAAUAUCCCUGGAUCCUAUUAUUGCACAUGUCCAAAAGGUUUUAUUCUCUUGUCUGAUAAGAAAACAUGCCAUGAACUGAUUUCCUGUUCAAGCAAUUAUAUUCACUGCAGUUAUGAUUGUGGACAGACACAGGAAGGGCCUAUUUGCUUUUGUCCUGAAGGAUCAGUUCUCCAAGCCGAUGGAAAAACAUGUUCAGGUUGUACAUCGCCUGAUAAUGGUGGUUGCAGCCAGAUUUGUACAUCUUUGGGUCCAACAACCUGGGAUUGUGGUUGCUUUCCUGGCUUUGAUCUCCAGGAUGACAAAAGACAUUGUGUUGCUUUAAGUCCAAAGCCGUUUCUGUUGUUUGCAAACAGUCAAGAUAUCCGUAGCAUUGCUUUUGAUGGGACGGAAUACUCAAGAGUCCUUGGCUGGCAGAUGGGAAUAGUCUUAGGUCUGGACUGGGAUCCGAUGGAAAGUAAGAUUUAUUUUACCCACACAGACCUGAAGUGUAUAGAGAGAUCUGAGCUGGAUGGCACCAAUCGUGAAAAAGUUGUAUGUGACGCAAGUGAGAGACCAGAAGGACUAGCAUUAGACUGGAUUAAUCGCAAAUUGUACUGGACUGACCCCGGGAAAUGUAGCAUUGAAAGUAGUAAUCUAAAUGGAAUGCAGAGAAAAAUAAUCAUCCAGGAGAAGGUGUUUCAUCCUCAAGGAAUUGCUGUUCAUCCAUUUACCAGGGAACUGUUUUGGACAAACCUAGGGCUCAAUCCACAUAUUGGAAAAUCUACUUUACAAGGCUCAGAGCGUGUCAUUAUAGCAAAUUCAGGCUUGCUUUGGCCCAGUGGAAUAACUAUUGACUACGCUGAGGACAAGCUGUACUGGUGUGAUGCCAAAAUGUCUGUUAUUGAAAUGGCAAACCUGGAUGGUUCUAAUCGGCAAAUACUUGCACAGAAUGAUGUAGGCCAUCCCUAUGGCAUCACAGUUUUUGAGCACCACAUUUGGGUAUCUGACUGGACUAGGCCUUCAUUACUCAGAAUAGACAAGAAAAAUGGCCUCAAGAAGAUACGCCUUGGAGGAAGCAUGAUGAGACCCUCUUCACUGCUUGUAGUUCACCCUUUAGCCAAACCAGGCCGUAUCUCUACAUACAAGGAAGAUGCAUUAGGAAAGGAAAUGUUUGCCGGAGAAGUAUCACCCCAGCAUCUUCUGAUUAACAGCAAAUAUGGUGAUAGCCAUGGGGAGACGCAACAGACACUGACUGCUGAAAUUGUGGUGUCUAAUCAGGACAACUGUACACCACUAGGUUGUGAUCUCAAUUCCCAAUGCGUUGCAGAUCAAAAUGGUGCUGUGUGUGAGUGCCAGACAGGGUUCAUCAUGGAAGAUCAACUGUGCCAUGAUGUUGAUGAAUGCCUUCUUAACCAAGAACAGUGCAAUCAGAGCUGGUCCAGAUGUAUCAAUACUGAAGGAAGUUACUUCUGUGAGUGCCUUUUGGGUUAUUCUGAAGAUGGACUUCAUUGUUCUGAAUCUAUCAUCGGUCCUUCUGUUGUAACCAGGGAUGACUCUACAUUAUCUGAAAAAGAAGGUCCUAUGGACUGCUCACCAUCCUACUGUUUCCAUCAGGGAGUUUGCAUUUAUAUUUCAGAUCUGCAGACUUUUGCAUGCAACUGUGUGAAAGGCUACCUGGGAGACCGCUGUCAGUUUAGUGACUUGGAGUGGUGGGAACAACAACAUGAGAUGCAUCUUAAGAAGCAAAACAUCACAACUGCUGCGUUCUUGGCUGUGCUGUUCUUGGUCCUGCUCCUUGGCAUGGCUGCCUUCUACUUCUAUAGGUAG